GUAAGAGAAAUAUUAGGAGCACGACAUCUUUUAGUAUCAAAACGGCAUCGUUUUAGAGAGGUGCAGACCUUGCAUUACCGGGGAGUUGUGGCGGUACUGUGGAGACGAAGAGGAGGUGAGUGAAGCUGAAGCGUGAGAGAGGGGCAGGAUGAUCGUGUGCGUCGCGGUGGUCGGCCACCAGAACAACCCUCUGUACAUCCAGAGCUUCACGGAGGCCGACGACGCCCUCAAGCUCCAUCACAUCGUCCACUGCUCCUUGGACGUCGUCGACGAGCGAGUUAACAAUCCGAAAAAAUCUGGUCCAACAUUGAAUGAGACAUUUCUUGGUCUUCUUUAUCCAACUGAAAAUUACAAAGUGUAUGGCUAUUUGACAAACACAAAGGUGAAAUUUAUCUUAGUGACAACGGAUCUAGAUGUUAGAGAUGCAGAUGUGAGAAAUUUUUUCAGGAGGUUUCACGAGGCAUACGUGGAUGCAGUUUCGAACCCUUUUCACGUCCCUGGUAAAAAAAUAACCUCCAGAACUUUUGCUGAAAGGGUCAGUGCCAUUGUCAAAUCAUUUGGGUUGAGCUCAGCUGGGUGAAUAAAUGCUCUGCUGCUCUCCCAUGAAAAUAGUGGAGUCUUUUUUUCUUAAAAAAGUUGUGAACUCUGUUUAUUUCUCUGGUUAACUUAGAAGGUUAGUUUUGCCCAAUCAACAUUUGAUCAGUGUUUGUAACAUUCUCCACACUCUGUUAAGAACUUCAAAUUUUUAAAAUGAACCAGAAAUAGAAUCAGUGUGUGAUAUUAUCAUAUUA